GGGAAGCCGCGAACGCCGGCGAGCGUCGGCACACACCUCGCUCCGUCUGCCAUGGCUGUUUAGCGACGCCUCCGGAUCGCCGCGCGCGGGCCGGGCCGGGCGGGGGGCGGGGGGCAGCGCGGCGGCCGCGCGGGAGGCCGAGGGCGGGGCGGCGGCGCGAGCGGCGGCGGCGGCGGCGGCGGCGGUUCCAGCAUGAAGAGGAGAGCUGGCCUGGGGGGCAGCAUGAGGUCAGUGGUGGGCUUCUUGUCCCAGCGGGGCUUGCAUGGGGACCCCCUGCUCACUCAGGACUUUCAGAGGAGACGCCUGCGGGGCUGCAGAAACCUCUACAAGAAGGACCUCCUCGGCCACUUCGGCUGUGUCAAUGCCAUUGAAUUCUCCAACAAUGGAGGCCAGUGGCUGGUCUCAGGAGGAGACGACCGCCGGGUUCUGCUAUGGCACAUGGAACAAGCUAUUCAUUCCAGAGUCAAGCCCAUACAACUAAAGGGAGAACACCAUUCUAACAUAUUUUGCCUGGCCUUCAACAGUGGGAACACCAAAGUAUUCUCUGGAGGAAAUGAUGAACAAGUUAUUCUCCAUGAUGUUGAAAGCAGCGAGACCUUGGACGUGUUUGCUCACGAAGAUGCAGUAUAUGGCUUGUCAGUGAGCCCAGUGAAUGACAAUAUUUUUGCCAGCUCGUCAGAUGAUGGCCGAGUUCUCAUCUGGGACAUCCGAGAGUCUCCCCAUGGAGAGCCCUUCUGCCUGGCAAACUACCCAUCAGCUUUUCACAGUGUCAUGUUCAACCCAGUGGAGCCCCGGUUAUUGGCCACGGCCAAUUCAAAGGAAGGAGUGGGACUCUGGGAUAUUCGAAAACCUCAGAGUUCUCUCCUGCGGUAUGGUGGCAACUUAUCCCUCCAAAGUGCCAUGAGCGUGCGAUUCAACAGCAAUGGGACUCAGCUCCUGGCCCUUAGGCGUCGCUUGCCCCCUGUGCUCUAUGACAUUCACUCCCGCCUGCCUGUGUUCCAGUUUGACAAUCAGGGUUACUUCAACUCUUGCACCAUGAAAAGUUGCUGUUUUGCAGGAGAUCGUGACCAGUAUAUCCUUUCAGGCUCCGAUGACUUCAAUCUCUACAUGUGGAGAAUUCCUGCAGAUCCAGAAGCAGGUGGCAUUGGUAGAGUAGUCAACGGAGCCUUCAUGGUGCUGAAAGGGCAUCGGUCUAUUGUGAACCAGGUUCGAUUUAAUCCCCAUACCUACAUGAUCUGCUCUUCUGGUGUAGAGAAGAUUAUCAAGAUCUGGAGCCCGUACAAGCAGCCAGGAUGUACUGGAGACCUGGAUGGCCGCAUUGAGGACGAUUCCCGUUGCCUGUACACCCACGAGGAGUACAUCAGCCUGGUGCUCAACAGUGGGAGCGGCCUGUCGCACGACUACGCCAACCAGUCUGUGCAGGAAGACCCCCGGAUGAUGGCCUUCUUCGACUCGCUGGUGCGCCGGGAGAUCGAGGGCUGGAGCUCUGACUCGGACAGUGACCUGAGCGAGAGCACCAUCCUGCAGCUGCACGCCGGCGUCAGCGAGCGCUCGGGCUACACCGACUCGGAGUCCUCGGCCUCGCUGCCCCGCUCGCCGCCGCCCGCCGUGGACGAGCCUGGCGACAGCGCCUUCCACCUGGGGCCCCUGCGCGUGCCCAGCGCCGGCGCCAACGCCAACGCCGCCUCUGCCGCCGCCCCCGCCGCGCCGUCACCCCCGCCCCCGCCGGCCUGCGAGGACGCCACCGCGCGCCAGCAGCGCCUGUCCGCCCUGCGGCGCUACCAGGACAAGCGCCUGCUGGCGCUCUCCAACGAGUCCGACUCGGAGGAGAACGCCUGCGAGGUGGAGCUGGACACCGACCUCUUCCCCCGGCCUCGCUCGCCCAGCCCCGAGGAGGAGUCCAGCAGCUCGAGCAGCGCCAGCAGCUCCGAGGACGAGGAGGAGCUCAACGAGCGGCGCGCCUCCACCCGGCAGCGGAAUGCCCUGCGGCGCCGCCAGAAGGCGCCCCGGGAGGAGCGGCCGGGCGCCCCGGCCAAGCCCGCUGACCCCUACGUCGGGGAGGACAACUACGACUACCCCCAGAUCAAAGUGGACGACCUCUCCUCCUCUCCCACCUCCUCCCCGGAGCGAGGCACUUCUGCUCUGGACGUGCAGCCCAGCCGGGCAUCGCCCACGUCCGACAUCGAGUCCGUGGAGCGGAAGAUCUACAAAGCCUACAAGUGGCUGCGCUACUCCUACAUCUCCUACUCCAACAGCAAGGACGGCGAGAGCUCCCUGACGUCGGCGGAGGCGGACGAAGGGCGAGCGGGGACCAGCCGGAAGGACAGCCCGGCGCCCUCCUCCAGCCAGGACCCCCGCGCCCACCCGGCCCCGGCACCCCGGAGCCAGGACCUGCCGCCCGAAGGCCGCGGCAAGGAGGCCCUUCGAGAGGGGACCUGUGCCAGAAGCGCCAGCAGUGGCCCUGGCCCCGAGCUCGGCAGCCACCCGCGGCCGGAGGCUCCGGAGGAUGCCACCCCGGACCCCAACAGUGGUGGGUCUGUAGAACACGCUUUUGAAACCAAGAAGCUCAAUGGAAAGGCCCUGAGCAAGGCUCUGAGCGGCCGCGCCGAGGAAACGCCCUCUCCUCCUGCUCCCAAGACAUCGGGCUCCGCAGUGGGCAGCGGGUCUGGCAGCUGUCCCAGGACGCAGCCCCAUGACGGUGAGGAGAGGAGCCUCGAGACCAUCUGUGCCAACCACAACAAUGGACGCUUACACCCCCGCCCCCCUCACCUCCCCAGCAACGGGCAGAACUUCGGGGAGCAGGAGGCAGCGGCCUGCUCUUCCGCGGGACAUUCGGAUACUGACCAUGAUAACUUGUCCGUGGCAGGGACCCUCUUACACAAGGAUUGUUGUGGGUCCGAAAUGGCCUGUGAGGCCCCCACUGCUGGAACGAGAGAGGACCCCCCGGAGUCCCCAGACACGGACAGCAGCAGGGCCGGGCAUGGUCAUAGUGGCCACAAAAGGCACCGAGUUGAAUUGGAAGAUACAGAUUCUGAGAAUUCUUCUUCAGAGAAGAAAUUAAAAACAUGAUAUCUACAAAAGGGAAAAUAAGAGGCUGCCAGAAGGUAGCUUUACAAACAAAACAAAACAAAAUUCCUGUUUAGUGAACACAGAGAAAAAGGAAAAAAAAAAGUAUUAAAGGCACAUAAAACCAGGGCCUGUAAUUCUGUGUUGAUGCUGCUCCCUUCUAUUUAACAAUGGGUCUGACUGUUGAGCUGACCAUUGGCUUGUGCUGUUUUAAUAAAAGUGGGUGGGGGGAUCCAAGUGACGCCUUUCUAGUGAGACUUGAGCAUAGCGUGACCUGUGCAGAGCCUGUUAAAGUAAAUCCUUGUUGAGAUGUCUGACUUGUUCUUGUGUGUGUGCACUGGCAAGCAUGAGCUCAUUGUCUCAUAGACUUUUCUUUCAAUUCUCCAUCAGAAAGGAUCAGUGGAUCCACGCCUCGCCCUGUUUACAUGCCCUAGGUGUACUGGUCGUAAUGAUGGAUGGCUGCUAAAUCCGAUUGUGCUGCCAGUGUGGAUUUAUGCUGGAAGAAUGGAGAAGAGACCUACCGGGGAAAGCACGGCUCCUUCCUUUCCUAAAGGGCUCUGCCAUGUUUUCUCUUCACUGAGCAUUUAACGUAGACAUACUAAAACAUUGUUUUAAUGCUGAUGAGAGAAGUUAGCUCUUAAGAUCAGAUUUAAGAGGACAUAGUUCCCUGACAGAUUUCACCGAUUGCACAUUGAGAGUGCACACAUAGAGUUUGGAGACCGUAAAAUAGAACUUCUUGCAGGUAACACUGACCAGUUAGGUGCUAGUCCAUAGAUACACACAGGCUAGCAGUCUCACUCUUGGCCCCCGCGUGAUGACAUCUGGGCAUUUUGCGAGGAGGAAAAAAACCACUCUCAAGAUACCUGUGCUUUACUUACUAACGUGGAAGUUCUCUAGAACUGCAUUAUUGAAGGGUAAUGAAUAGCAGAGUGUGCUGUUGUGUUCACUUCAUUCUACCCAAAAGAAUUGGUCGGAAUAGAUGGAUUGGCAUCUUCCCUCUGGCUGACAGUUAGUUGAUCAAGACUGUGGUAUUCAGGUUAGAUCUUGCAGAGCAGAAGGCAUCUCUAAGUAAAAGAUUCUUAGUGGGUAGGUCUGUUAAUAGGCAGAGGGACUGGAGAGAGAAGUCAGUGGGUUUUUUUUUAUUUUUUUUUUUUAGCAUGCUUCCAUUUAUUUCACAAUUUAACUUAGAUUGGGGACAGUUUGCUCUUCGUUCAAUUUUUAAAAGUGGCCACCAACUAUUUCACACUUCCCAGACUCGGAAGAGCAGCCCAGGGCCUGGGACUGGAGCCACAUUCUGCUCAGCCCAGGUGGGCAGCCCUGCAGAGCCCUGUGCCCACAGGCCUCUGACUCUGAUUUCCCGGGAGUCUACCCUGAGCUGUAUCUACUCAAGGGCCGGCUGUGUUUCACAGGAGGGAAAUUGGAAGGCUGUGGUUGUGCUCAGAACUUGAAGAGGGGUGAGGCCACAUUUUCCUUGUCCGCCUCAGGAUGGCGCUGGAUCAGAGGCGAGGCCAGAUGGGUCAGCUGCACUGCCUCGUGGCCAGGCGCGUUGCUCCAGAACCACUCGGGGGUGAUGAGGAGGUCAGUGAGGUGCUCACAGGGUGCCACACUGAUGAGAGACUUCCACGAGGGGGGUGCUCUCGACUUAAUCAGAUUUCUGGCUCCUAGAAGAGAUUUGUAUUCAUUGUGAUGGUUAAAAAUGGAGAGGAGGCAAAUAAAAACGAGAUUUUUUUUUUUCAGCACUGCAGCAAUGGUUAUAGUCACUUGGUUAUCAGUGAAAGAUGUGCUUCUUUCAUUGACAGGAAGACCAAUGAAUGACCAGAGACCUUGUUGGCAUCAUGGUCAUGAAAAAAGGCAGAGGAAACUGGCAAGACAUGAGGAGAGGGGGAGAGAGCACUGUCCUGUGUGUGAGCGCUAAAGUUCUAAACAGCUCAGAGCCCAGCCGGCACCAACAGGGAAGAGCUGGCGUGAGCGGCUGGCCUCUGCCCUCCCUCCAGAGGGCCUCCAGCCUGGGUGGGACUGGGACCCUAAGGGAGGCAGCCUGUCCAAGAGGGAGACUGGAGGAUCUAGGUUGGGGGAGGGGCUUUGAGAAGGAAAGAGAGUUGCUGAACUCGGCCAGAAGGAGAUAGCUUGCUGAGCUUUGUGAAAGAAAAGAUGUGCCUGGUGUGUAUGAUGUGACUUGGGUGUGAACACACUGUCUUAGGAGGAGGAGGUGAGGCAUAUAUGCGUAGCGGUGGGGAUGCAUAUACAUUAACAACUGUAAUCUCACCGGGGAGUGGGGAAGAGAUUCUGUAACCAUUAGAAUUACCGUGAAUUUGUAAUCAAAAUGGUUCUAUGAUUUGUUUUUGACUAUUCACAGAUAAUUGUAAAUUCUGGUUUUAUAAGCCCAAGUCAUUUUACAUUUGCUUUUCCAAAAUUUAUUAAAUUGGAAUUUUUUAAUCCUUUGUAUACAAAAAAAAAAAAGAUGCCAUCACUCAGUGUGUGUUUCUCUUCCCCUUCCUAGUCAGCAUACCCGAGUUUUUUUCUGUUUUUAUUUUACUUAAUGUAAUCAGUAGAUAGUCUCUUCUGAAUUCUCUAAAGAUAAUCCACUUCUCUUUCUAGAGGGAAAAAAAAAAAUGUUCAAGUUCACUUGGGAACUAGCCAUUUGGUAGUUACAUUUCCCAAAUGCAGAGCUUGGUCUUUCCAUGUUAAGAGCCUUGACCUUGUUUGGGUACUCAAAAGAGAAGUCAAAGUUCAUUCUGAUUCAACGGCAAUAUCCAAGAAGAUUAUUUUUCGCAAGAAUGCCUUCCUUCUUUGGGGGAGACCGUUCCCAACAUCCCUGGUUCAACUUGCAAGGAGACAGAUAGCACAGGAGUAGGCUGACACAAUAUCCAAUUCCAGAAAUCUAGCUAUGGUUGUGGGCCUGGAAACCUGGUAGGAAUCACUUCCAAGGUUCCUUUGCUAUGCCAGUUUCCCAAAGAGGGUGGCACUGGAAUUGUGGUGGUGUCGUUCUCUUGGAGCUGGGAUAUACUUCCUCUUUGUACUUUUAGAGAAGGUAUAUUACUAAGCAUUUGCCCCCCCCAAUUUUUUUUUUUUUUUCUGAAAAAGGGGCAGUAGGCCAAAUAAAUUUGGAGACCUCUCACCUAAACUUGUAGAAUUAAGGCCCCAACAUUAGGGGCAUGUUUAAUCCCAAAGUUCUUCCACAGUUGAUGUUUUCACUAGCAGGACAGAUGGCACUAAUUAAAAUUCUUCAGAAGUGCCUCCUAGUGGCUUUUUUUUUUCUGCAUCCUGUACAUAAAGUUUUAAGUGACUAGUCUGGAUAUGUAAAACUGUUUCUCCCAUUUUAUUUCCUCCUGGUUUUGUGUUUCUGGGACAGCAGGUAAAUGGAUUAAAUGCCUAGUUGGCUUGGGGCAAAUGAAGGGUUACAACUGUGCUUGAUUUCUUUAACAGGGAGCCCUCCUUUGUCAAGGAGCCUUCCUCUGCUGAAGCCUUACUUCCUCACAAGCCCCUCCUCUCUCCCAGCAAAGCCAGCUCUUCUCUUGUGUAUAUGCAAAUAAACCUGUUACUCACCUC